CCCUGGUGUGCAUAGCCCUUUGGAAAGAGCACAGGCGAAAAUUCAGAAAUUAAUUUAUAGAGAGAGGGGCAUAUAAGAGGGUGGAAGGAAAGGAGCAGGGAAGAGAUAGAGAGGGAGAGAAAGAAAAGUAUGACAAGGAGAUGAAAGAAAUCAGACAACAACCUUCUUCUUAGCCUUCCUCAUCCCCACUUCUAUCUCUUCCUUCAGUUGCAGGGAGCAAGGAGGAAGAGCUAGCAGCAGCAGUUGGCAGAGAGAGUGAGCGAAGGGCAAAGAAGAAGAAGAAAGGAACACUGCCAAUCCAAGGAAACCAAAGAGGAGAAGCUUUGUUCUUGUGCUUGGAGUUGGUGUAAGAGGGUAUUAAGGCGAUGGCAUCGAACUCAUCGGCAGCAGCGGCGGCGGCCUUCUUCGGGAUGAGAGAUGGGGACCAGCAAGACCAGAUGAAGCCGCUGAUAACACAGCACCAGCAGCUGGCAGCGGUGGCACUGCCCGGCGCCGCGCCUGCGGCGUCCAGCCAACACGGCGCACCGCCGGCGGCGGCGCCACCGGCCAAGAAGAAGAGGACUCUACCAGACCCAGACGCGGAGGUGAUCGCGCUUUCUCCCAAGACGCUGAUGGCGACUAACCGGUUCGUGUGCGAGGUGUGCCAGAAGGGUUUCCAGCGCGAGCAGAACCUGCAGCUGCACCGUCGCGGGCACAACCUCCCCUGGAAGCUGAAGCAGAAGAACCCGAACCAGGUGCAGCGGCGUCGCGUGUACCUGUGCCCGGAGGUGACGUGCGUCCACCACGACCCGUCGCGCGCCCUGGGAGACCUCACCGGGAUCAAGAAGCACUUCUGCCGCAAGCACGGCGAGAAGAAGUGGAAGUGCGACAAGUGCUCCAAGCGCUACGCCGUGCAGUCCGACUGGAAGGCGCACUCCAAGAUCUGCGGCACACGCGAGUACCGCUGCGACUGCGGCACCCUCUUCUCCAGGAGGGACAGCUUCAUCACCCACAGGGCCUUCUGCGACGCACUGGCGCAGGAGAGCGCCAGGCUGCCGCCGACGAGCCUCAGCACCCUCACCAGCCACCUCUACGGCGCCACCAACGCCGGCAACAUGGCGCUCAGCCUGUCCCAGGUGGGAUCCCACCUCAACUCCACCAUGCAGCACGACGGCGGCCACCACCACCACCCGUCCCCAGACCUCCUCCGCCUCGGUGGCGGCGGCGGCAGCAGCAGCAUCGCCGCGCGGCUCGACCACCUCCUGUCUCCGACAGGCGCGUCCGCGUUCCGCGCGAAUCAGCAGCAGCCCCAGCCGGCCUUCUUCCUCAAUGCGGCUCCGGGGCAGGACUUCGGUGACGAUCAGGGGGGCAACGGACCCCACUCCUUCAUGCAGUCAAAGCCAUUCCACGGCCUCAUGCAGCUCCCGGACCUUCAGGGCAACGGCGCGGGCGGGCCGGCCCAUGGGCUCUUCAACCUGGGCUUCUUUGCCAACAACGGCAAUAGCUCCGGGUCAAGUCACGAGCAUGCAAGCCAGGGCAUGAUGAGCAACGAUCAGUUCAGCGGCGGAGCUGGUGGAGGCGGCAACGGCUCUGAGGUGUCGGCCGCGGGGAUCUUUGGCGGCAACUUUGUUGGUGGGGAUCACAUGGCGCAGGCUGGGAUGUACAACGACCAGGCGGCUAUGCUGCCGCAGAUGUCUGCCACCGCGCUGCUCCAGAAGGCCGCGCAGAUGGGCGCGACCUCCAGCCCCAACGGCGCGGCGUCCAUGUUCAGGGGCUUCGCCGGCUCCUCGCCGCAGCUGCGACAGGCGGCACCUCAGCACAUGGACCAGAACGAGGCGAACCUCAACGAGCUGAUGAACUCUCUGGCUGCUGGUGGCGGCGUCAAUGCCGCCGGAAUGUUCGGCGGCGCCAACGGUGGCCCCGGCGCGGGGAUGUUUGAUCCUAGGAUGUGCGACAUGGACCAGCACGAGGUGAAGUUCAGCCAGGGCGGAGGCGGUGUUGGUGCCAACCCUGCUGCUGGUGGUGGUGGUGGUGGUGGCGGCGGCGGCGGCGACAUGACGCGGGACUUCCUCGGCGUGGGCGGAGGCGGCAUCGUGCGCGGGAUAUCGACUCCAAGAGGUGACCACAACCAAAGCAGCAGCGACAUGAGCUCCCUGGAGGCCGAGAUGAAGUCGGCUUCGUCCUACAACGGGGGCCGGAUGGCAUGAUCGAGAGCUUACACAAGCCGUAAGCUCCCAUCAUCACAGUGAGUCUAAGACUUGAAGCAACCUGGAAUUAGCAUGCAUGCAUAUAUGAGACUGAGAUGAGUAAGGUUAAUUAGCGAGUUAGCAACUAAGUUGAUCGCAUGAGUAUGGUCGCAUGCAUGCAUGGGAUAAGGCUAGCUAGCUAGCUCUCCAUGGGGCCAUGAAGACUGGAGUACCGUGAAAGGGAGAGGCCUCCUCUGAGACUAAUUAAGUAAUUAGCUAGUGCGAGUGAACGCAUGCAUGUGAUGGCCCUAGCUUGGUCGUCGAGGAGUUGGUGUCAGUGUCGGUCCUGUUGUUUAUUUUCCUUCCUUGUAAGUGGAUCUUUGCUGGGUUAAGUAUAGUUCUGGAGAUAGAACCAAUAAGGCUAUUUUAGUUUUGUAGCUAGCCGAAAUGGGAUGUUGGGGAGCUGAACUUGCCCCUGAAACUCCUUCUUCUGUUCCUUUUAUUACCCUUGUAGCGAAAGAAUGCUGCUCUUACAGUGCAAUUGAUCAUGCUAGUUCAUACCUAUAA